AUGGCUCAUUCAACCGCUGGCGACCGGGAUCCAGAAGUGGGUAGUGAGCAGCACUCCUCGAUUGCUCAACUACACACGGAGUCUAUGAGCGAUCCUUGGGGUGACCCCAACAGCCCUGAAAAUCCCCUGAACUGGCCAGCGCCGAAGAAGAAUUUCCAUGUGGCCAUUGUCAGCAUCUUUACUCUCACAGCCAACUUGGCGGCUACUAUGUUCGCCCCUGGAGCACCCCAGCUUGCCAAGGAAUUCAACAUCACCAACUCCACUGUCGAGGCCAUGACUGUCAGUCUCUACGUGCUGGGCUUUGCAUUCGGCCCUCUUCUCCUCGCGCCUCUGUCCGAGCUGUACGGCCGACUCAUCAUUUACAACGCUUGCAAUGCCGUCUACAUCGCCUUCACUGUGGGAUGCGCCUUCAGUACCAACGUGUCCAUGUUUCUCGUCUUCCGGUUCCUUUGCGGCUGCGCUGCCUCGGGGCCAAUGUCCAUUGGCGGCGGUACGGUCGCAGACAUUACUCCUCAGGAGAAGAGAGGCAAGGCAAUGGCCCUGUUCGCGAUGGGCCCACUCUUGGGACCUGUGCUUGGCCCGAUCAUCGGAGGCUACGUGUCGCAGUACACUAAUUGGCGCUGGACGUUCCGAAUUAUCUUGAUCAUGUCUGGUAUCAUCGGUUUGGCCACCAUGUUCUUCAUGCGCGAAACCAAUGCUGCUGUUCUGUUACGCAGAAAAGCCAAGCGGUCGCCGAAGGACGCCGAGGGUAUGGAGCUCGAGCUGGAUAAAGCCAAGAAAGAGACGCCUAGCCAGGUCCUCGUCCGUGCUAUUACACGGCCGUUGAAGAUGCUCCUCUUCUCGCCCAUUGUCCUGCUCAUAUCUCUCUACACUGGUGUGCUAUUCGGUCUCAUCUUCCUUCUCUUCACCACCUUCCCUGCUGUCUUCCAGGGAGUCUACGGCUUCGAUGAAGGGACAUCAGGGCUGGCAUACCUCGGUCUCGGGAUCGGCAUGUUUCUCGGCCUGGUGGUCUUCUCAAUUCUCAGCGACAAACUCCUCGGGCAGAAGCAGGGUGGCACUGUUAGCAAGCCAGAGCAGCGUCUCAUCUUAAUGAAGUGGUUUGGGCCCAUCACACCGCUGGGCUGCUUCAUGUACGGCUGGAGCGCCUACCACCACGUCCACUGGAUCGUUCCUAUCUUGGGUACAUCCAUCAUCGGCUUUGGAUCUCUGUUCGUUGUCAUACCCGGCCAGAUAUACCUCGUGGACUCCUUUGGUGCAGAAGCCGCAGCUUCGGCUCUCGCUGCUAAUCUUCUUGUGCGCUCCCCAUUCGGCGCGUUUCUGGGCCUUGUUGCAGCGCCGUUGUAUGACAAACUGGGCCUCGGCUGGGGUAACAGUGUCUUGGGUUUCAUUACUCUUGCGUUCACGCCUGUGCCAUGGCUGUUCUACCGAUAUGGAGAAACCUUAAGGACGCGGUUUGUGGUCAAGUUGUAG